CAGUGCAGUACUCAGGUUCAAGUUCCGAUCCGACAAGUCCUCUCGGCGUGCUUUGGGCAUCUAAGGCAACAAAACAAUCAUAGCCACUAUCAAAAAAAUGAAGGGGCGUGUAAGAUGGGAUGAAGCUAAUCUUGCUGAAAUUGAGGCAAAUAAACCUACAAGGCAAAAUAUUGAUGAGCCCAAGACACCAUAUCCCCCAGUUAUUGGGGCAGAUGAUUCUGUUGGAAGCCCCGAUUAUUCUACACAUUCUGAAGCUCUAAGAAAUGCUUUAAAUGAAGCAGUUUCAAGUCAAAAAAAUUCUACUAAUUUUGGGCGAUGGACAUCAUCAUCUGAUGAUGAGGCUAAUGCCAUGAAGCAAGAUGGAGAUUUUGUAAAGAUAAGGCAUGGCACGAGCUUCACAGAUCAUAGGAGAAAACAUUAUGACGAGUUCUGGAGGGUGAAAGAGCUCAAGAAAAAGGGAUGCUUUCUGGAGAAUGAAAAUGGUGAUCAGGAUAAUGAUGCAGCUGGGAGGUAUGAUUCAUCUGCUUUGUUUAGUGAUGGUUUGAGAGAAAUACACAUUGCCGGUGAUCAUGAUCAUGAGAUUAAUCCGCGAACAAUAGUCAUUCAGGGAGAUGCUGAUGAGAGUAUGCCUAAAAGACAAUUCCUUCCAUGCACAAGAACUUAGAAUCAAGCCGGCAAAGUUGAAACUAAGUAAUUACUAGUCUGAAGUCUCCUUCUGUUUGCAUCAGUGUUUGACAGUUGAAAUACUAUGUCUAUAUAUGAACUU